CACUUCAUUGGGAUCAAAUUUCAUUAUGAAGUAUUUAUCAAUAUUGUUAUAAGGGGUUGUCCAGGAAAUCAAUACUUUAACAGGACAUAAUGUGAUACUUGACUCUUUGACAAGAUGUCCAGCCAGGGCUACAAACGAACCAACUUUGAGGAAGAUGAUAUAUCAAAUGGAGGCAGUCCACCAGCUAUUGACUUCAAUGCCAGUGUAGUGUUUAAAGGUGGUCUAACGUUAUGGCAGAGGAAAACUGUACUAGAGAGGUUCCUGUUUGUUUUCAAUGUUCUCCUUUGUAUCACAGUAGUCAUUCUAGCAAUACUAGUGGCCUCUAAACAUAAACAGAUUAUCAAGAUGAAAGAACAAGCUGUGUGUUUGACCCCAGCUUGUGUUACAGUAGCCAGCUCCAUGAUCAAUGCAAUGGAUCUAAAAGCAGACCCCUGUAAUGAUUUUUAUCAGUAUGCAUGUGGUGGAUGGAUUGACGCUCACCCUAUACCAUCAGGACAUUCUAGGUGGGGAACAUUUAGUGUUCUCUGGCAAGAGAAUCAAGUUGUGAUGAAAAAAGCAAUAGAUAAGGAUUUACCCAAAGAUUCAAGUCUUUCAGAGAGAAAAGCUCAGCUAUAUUUCGCUUCUUGUAUGGAUAAGAAUAAAACAAUAGAAGAACUUGGUGCAAAGCCUUUACUGGACCUACUGAAGUUAAACUUCUCUGAUUGGUCCAUUUCAAAUCAAAGUACUAGUAAAUUUGAUCUGCAAACAUAUAUAGAAAACCUAAAGAUGUUAGGAAUUAAUGCUUUCUUUUCUGUCUGGGUUGGUGAAGAUGAUAGAAACUCAUCUGCUAAUAUAUUACAGAUUGACCAAUCAGGGCUGGGUUUACCAGAGAGAAACUACUACUUGAACAAGUCUAUCACAGAAGAUAAGGUGUUGAAGGCUUAUCUUAAGUAUUUGACAAAGGUUGGUGUUCUGUUAGGAGAAGAAGAGAACAGCACAAGACAACAGAUGAUAGAUGUCAUUGAGUUUGAAACACAAAUAGCUAAUAUCACAAUUCCACGAGAAGAGAGAAGAGAUGAAGAAAAGAUAUACCACAAAAUUACAAUAGGAAAACUACAGGAAAAUUCUACUUUUGUGAAUUGGAAGAGGUUCUUCAACAAGCUAUUUUCCACAGUUAAUAUAAAACUGACAUCUGCAGAGCCAAUAGUAGCUUACUCCCCAAAGUUCUUAAAGGAAAUUUCUGACUUGGUGGAAGACACCAUGAAAACAGAUAAAGGAAAGAGAACAGUACAGAACUACCUGGUUGUUCAUGUCAUAAAGACAAUGGCAAACUAUCUAUCUAGACCAUUCAGAGAUGCCAGGAAGAUUCUGACGGAGGCUCUUUCAGGUGUGUCAGGUGGGGAUGAGCUAUGGAGAUACUGUAUAUCUGAUACAGAUAGUGUUCUAGGAUUUGCUUUAGGUGCCAUGUUUGUCAAGGAGGCAUUUAAUGGUCGCAGCAAGGACAAGGCUGAAGCUAUGAUUGCUGAAGUAAAAACAGCAUUUAUCAACAAUUUACCUAAUCUUAAAUGGAUGGAUGAAUUUACAAGGAAGGCAGCUAUUGAUAAGGCAAAUGCUGUGAUAGAUAUGAUUGGUUUCCCAGCAUUCAUCAACAACAAAACUCGUCUAGAUAAAGAAUAUAAAGGGCUUAUUAUUAAUGGGGAUGAAUAUUUUUGGAACAAUGUAAGAAAUUUGUACUUUAUUCAAAGGAAAGAUCUGGGAAAGCUAAGAAAAGCACCGGAGUCAAAUGCAUGGGGGAUGUCUCCACCAACAGUGAAUGCAUACUACACUCCUUCUAAAAACCAGAUUGUAUUUCCAGCAGGAAUACUUCAAGCUCCAUUCUAUGAUCAAGAAUAUCCCAAAUCAUUGAACUUUGGAGCUAUGGGUGUGGUGAUGGGUCAUGAACUAACACAUGGCUUUGAUGAUCAAGGUCGAGAAUAUGACAAGUUUGGUAAUUUACGUCCUUGGUGGAAUAAUAGAUCAAUAGAGAAUUUCAACGUACAGACAAAAUGCUUUAUCAAUCAGUAUUCCACUUAUAAACUUCAAGAUGACCAUGUUGAUGGAAAACAGACGUUAGGGGAAAAUAUUGCAGAUAAUGGAGGGCUAAAAUCUGCAUAUCAUGCAUAUCUUGAUUGGGUAGACCAUCAUGCACCAGAGAGACCUCUGCCAACAUUAAACCUUACACAUCAACAACUUUUCUUCUUAGGAUUUGCUCAGGUAUGGUGUUCGUCUAGUACCGCUGAGGCUGAUCAUCUACAGAUAUUAACUGAUCCUCAUAGUCCAGCAAAAUAUAGAGUAAUAGGGACAUUAUCUAACUCCAAGGAGUUUGCUGAAAAUUAUGGUUGUGCAAAGAAUUCUCUGAUGAACCCGGUCCAUAAAUGUGAGGUCUGGUGAAACUGGUCUACGUGAUGGUGGUUAAUGAUAUGAAAAGUCUUCUGUUUGUUUAAUUGAGACAUUUUUAUGUGAUGAAUAAUGUUGAAAUUGUUAAGACUGUUAAGUUAAUGGUACAAUUAGGAUUAUAAAAUGUAAACAAUUAUAUUCAAACUUUUGUUUGGAGAUAUUUUUGAAACAAAUGGAAGAAUGUUUUUAAAUUAAGAAAUAAGAAUCUUAGGUCACAUGCAGUAGGUUUUUUGAAAAAACAUUUUGAGCAAUAUUUGGUGUAUUGUGAUCAGAAAUUUGUUUGUAAAAUUCUAACAUGACAAUAAGAAAUUUAGAGAGUUGCCAGUUUGUAACAAAAGCUGGUAAAGGUUGAUAAAUUGUCAUUAAAAGGCAUAAUGGCAUGAAUUUCUUUGAAGCAAUAAGUACUGAAAUGGACCAGUUCAUAUAUCAUGUAUAUUGAGAUUAUGUUGCUUCAAAAUUUAUUUGACCAGACAAGACAUUAUCAAUGUUGAUAAUGUUGAAAAUGAAUAGUUCUAUGUAUUAUUCUUAUAUAUUAACUGGUUCAUUGACAACAAGUGUAAAUAUAAGUUUUUUUAUUUUAGUACUUUUCCUAUAUUUAUACUGUUUAUUUUUUUAGUACAAUGGUAGUCCUGUAUUUUGUUAUGUAACGUUUAUGUUUAUCGACAUGUAGAUUAAAAUAUGUUUCAAUAAAGAGAGCAUAAUAUUAUAAAGAUGCAAGUGUAAUUACAAGAUGCAUUCAUUAUUUAUGUAUAUAUGAUAAUUAACAACAACUGAGACAGAUAGAAAUAUUGUGGAUUUAUUUAUUAUGUGGGUACCAAUUUUCAUGGAUUGAAUGAAAAUUAUAUUUUCGUGGAUAGUUUUUUUCUUGGUUUUGCAAAAGUCUGCAUACAAGUCAACAGAAAAUUUGUACUUCAUUGAACAUUUAAAUUUGUGGUUUAUUUAUAUACACAAAAAUCCACGAAAGUAGGUGUCCGAUGAAUAAUAAUUAAUCCACAGUGAACCAGAAAUCCGUUGUCUAUAACAGAUCCUGAUUUUUAUUUUACCAUAUGUUUAUUUUGUAAGUAUUAUUGAACAUUUACUAAUAUACGAGUAUUUGGCCAUGUGAAAUUGAUUAUCAUUGUUUUAUGAUACAAGAUACACCAUUAUUUGACAUUAUUUUUCUGUCAAAGAUGUAGCAGACUGCACCAAAAUGUAUUCCCACAACUAGUCCGAAGACCUAUAUACCAACAUUUUUCUAAUAUGUUUAAACAAAGUUUUGCAAAUACAUACUAGUCCGAAUUAAAUUUUACUAGUCUGGGGCAUCGGAUUAGUGGCUAACGGUGCAGACUGCGUAGUGUUUAGAAAUGAGAACUAAUUUUAUAUGGCCUACUAUCAGUCAUAUUUUUGUUUCUUGCCUUUUUUCUUUAUAUUUUUUUUUUAUGUUAUACAUUUUAUCUUGCCUGCAAUAUUAUAUGUGAAAUAAAGACUAAGACAUGCUGUUGUCAUCAAAAUCAACAAUUGUUAAAGUUUAUGAUUAAGUUACAUAGGCGAGACAAAUCUAUGUCAACAUUUAUAAUUAAAUAUAUUUCCUUUUAAAGUACAUUUUCAGGUAUUAUCAUAAAGAAAUGUGUACAUUUUAAAGUCUUUAUUUACAUGUGAGCUGUGUAAGAUAGAAAUGGACCUUAUGCAAAUCAAUAUCAAUACAUCCCUAUUUUUUGGGGUUGAUUAAAUUUCUAUGCAGAGUCUGAUGUGACUGUAACUGUUUGAAAAUUGAGUUGAUUUUAAGAACCCUACAAAACAGACCAAAAACCAUCUCUUAUUUCGUAUUUGAAUGUUCCAAAAUCAAUCAAGCCUUAUACAUGUACAUGUAUACGUGCACUUGCUAAAAGUUGAUUUCUAUCCGACACAGCUCAUAUAUCUGUACCUGCGUCCCAAAAUUAGUAUAUAUAUCAAUGAUUUUAACUUUGUGAAAAACUAUUUAUGCAUUAGAAAUCAAAGAAAUUUUAUUGUUUGUUUCUAAAUCUUAUGAUGAUUUUUUCAGAAUUACUAUGUUUGUUUGUGAUGUACAUCAUAGGAUAUAGUUUUCCAUUUGCUUUACUCUUGUCUUAUCAGUAUUAAAACUAUUUUUCAAUCCUUUUUACAUGUAUUACUAUACUAUUUUUAUUUUUAUUUCUACACCUUAGUCACUUAUAUUUAUGUUUUUUUGUUGUCUUUUUCUGAGACCACACUUUAUUUUCCAAGUAUUUUAUUAUGUUACUAGUAACUACCUGUAAUUUUGUAAUUUUUUGUUACCUGAUACUUGCUUUACAUUUACAUGAUAAAAGUCAUAUUUAUAAACAUGCAUAUUAUACCUUCUUUUUUGUAAGUAUGAUAAUCAAUGUUUUUUUAAGUUACUAGGAGUUAUAUUUAUUUUGCUUCUAACAUUUUAAGACCAGUGACUCUUCUACUUUGCUUUGGUAUUAUUGAAAUAUUCUGAAAUCCAGCUUUAUGAAUUGAAUGCCAGAGAUUAAGGAUUGAAAUAAAGAUUUUACAGUAUUUUUUUUCUAAAUUUCAAAAUUUGUGAAAUAUCUUUCUUAUGUGAACCAUUAAAACUGUGGUAGUUUUCCAUUUGAAGUAUGCCUUACAAACAAAUUUGUCUUUUCUUUUCUGUUGAGUAUAUUUUUUUUGAUUUUUUUUUUAUAUCUUUAUCAAGUUUGAUUUUUAUCAAUAAACUGCAUUUUACUACUGGGCAUAAUUCUAAGCAAAUCAUGUAAAUUAUUACUGGUAUGUAAUGGUACAGAUUUUUGUACAGAACAAGUCUUCAAUAGAUUAUUGAUAAAAAUAAAACUUACUUAUCAGACACAACUUUUACACUCAAGACAACUGGAGAAAUACGUUUUUAUUGGUUUAAAAAAUUUCCUUGAAUGCUGUUCUGGAACAACUCAAAUUGAUGUGAUCUCCCCCAAAGAAGAAUUUGAUAAUUGUUAUAAGUAUGGCAGCUUAAUGACUAGCCUUUUAUGACCUAUUUGAAUAACACUGUAUUGUCCUGUAAAACAUUGCCUUGAUAAGGAGUAAAAGAAAACAAAUACUUACCUGAGUGAUUAUUAAAUUCAAGGUAUUGAUUUGUGUAGCCAUUUCACAAAUGUUAUUUAAGAUGUAAAGAAGAAUUCACUGAUCUUGUUUCUUGACUUUUUGUCAGAUAUUCAGAAUCCUCUGGUUAUAUCCAUGUAGUGCCAUUCAAAAUUUGCCCAGUAACUCCUACUUUACUUUUCUUUUCAUAAUUUUAUUACAUAUAGUUUAAAAGACAUUUUUGAAAAUCUUAUAAAAAACUUGUUAUUUUGCAUACUUUUUGAGAGAAAAAUGGUUCCAAUGUUAAAUGUUGGAAGAAUCUAGAGAGAAUCAUUUCCCAUCAAAUUUUCAAUAGCUUGUAUCUCAAAAACAAGCUAUGGCACCAACCUUUUUGCCCUGCUUUUUGAGCUCCGUUAUUUAUAUUCUAUCAAUUUAUAACGUCUUCCAAAAAUCUUGUUAAUUUAGAAUAAGCAGCCAACAUCCUCAAAGCAUUUUUUUUUAUCAAGAUCACAUUCAAAUAAAAUCAGUUCACAUAAUGCCAAAGCCUCUCACCGAAAUCCAUACAUAUAUUUUUUUUUUUGGGGGGGGGGGGGAAUUUAUUAUAAACUAAUGAGUGUCAAAAGCGAUCUAUUAUAUUUUAUUUCAAACUAGUCUAGUAAUAAUUUGAAGAAAUGUAUUGCUAUUGUAUAGUACUGGUACAGUAUAUGAACUUUUAAUUACCUCUUGCUAUUGUUAUUUAUAAGAGAAAUUUAUUAUUUAGUCCAUUACAGAUUAUGUAGGUGCUCUUAGUUAAACGAUAUAAAACUCUUAUGUUUUGUGGAAAGUUAUUUUUAGUAUAUAAUAUGUUUCAGUGUCACCAUCUAUAUAUACUCAUUAUUAGGGAUUCAUACAUCUUAAGAUUAGUGACCACUUGCAUAUAACCAUUCAGAGAUAUGUAUAAAAUGUUGUUUACAUGUCAGGUAGUGCUUUAUAUAAAAGAUGAGAUUUGUAAUUUAAUUAUUGAUUCUCUUAAUAACCCAAAUAUACUUCCUGGGAAUAAUAGGAUUUAAGUUUUGUAGGAUCACCUCUGUUUAGCAAAGUUCUGUUGUCAUAGCUACGUUAAGCUCCUGUUCUUUUAUCAGCUCUUCACCAUUUUUAAGAUGGGUUUUUAUUCAAAAAUAUUUAUAUCAUUACUUUCGAGGUAUUGGUUGUCAAAAUGUAAAUUUGAUGCAUUUAAAUAAUAAUAAAUUCUUAUCAACACAUUAUUCAAUUCCCCUAAAAAAAAAAAAAAAGACUAAAAACAGAGCUAAACAUUUUGUAAUUCAAUGUUAUUAUAAAAACUUCGGUAUUCACUUCAAUAUUAUUGUAUGGUGGAUUAUUUAAAACAUUUGUACACAAAUGUAAAGACAAACAUAAAAAGGGAGGUUAUUUUCAGGAUGGUUUCAUUUCAGUUCAUUUUUAUACGACCUCAAAAAAUUUUGGUAUCACAUCGUCGUUUUUGUCAGCGUCAACGUCGUCUGAAGACAUUUUGGAAAAAGGGGAGGUGAAAAAAAAAAUGGGGGGGUAAAAUUUUUUUAUUUUUGGGG